AUGUUUCCGAUAACGUGGACGCACGUGAUUUUGGCGGCGAUCGUCGCCUCGAUAUGUUUGUCGGGCGUGUUGGCCCGGUACGCGUACAAAGCGAUCGCGUACACCAAACGGAUGGCGAACGAGAACGCGGUCCGGCCGGACAGCGUCAAGAAGUACAUGGAGCCGCCCGACGGCACGUCGCUGCCGGCGGACGUCCAUUUACAGCUGAUCAUCAACUGGCUGAACGAGUUCAAGACGAAGUGCACGGACCGCCAGCGGAAGCGGCUCAGCGCCGCGUUCGCGAAACUGGCCGCGCUGGACAACUUGCGGUACAGGACCGAACUGGAAAUGCGGUCGCACGCCAUGAACCUGGCCGUCGUUAAACGGUACCUGUUCGACCGGUGCAUCGGAAUGGUGUCCGUGGGACACCAGAUCGCGGACGACGAGUACAGGCCCCAAAACCACGUCAGGUAUUUGCGCCGCUGUAAUUCUAUUAUACCCGCGGGCAUGUUAUUAGCAUACACACCAUACACAUCGCUAGACGCCCAUUGGAAGCUGAUCAUUUACAGCAGCUGCUCUCAUUGGCUGUAUUCCGUUUGUGAUCACGUUGUAAAAUAA